CGCCGCCAGCAACGAUGACUGCAUGUAUUUCAUUCUGCACGAACGACCCGUGACUUAAAUUAUAAUACGAGUCAAAAAACGCGAUCGAUACACGUUGACUCAGCGAAAAUUAGCAGUAUUUCCGCGGGCAAAACAUUUUUUUUAAAACUGGCGCGUCAUACGGCGUACCGUAAUUUGAAAAUAACAUAAAAAGUCGUAAAGAUAUCGACGAAAUCCCGUUUCACCGGUAUCAACAAUGUAGUCAUAGUGAUGUGAAUGUUGACAAUUGACAUUAACAACUUAAUAAUAAUUGUAUCAAAUGUUGAAAUUAUAUAUUUUACAAAAAGUGUUAAAAGUUUAGCCGUAGUAGAUGUUAUAGAAAUUGUUAUAUAUACGACAAUAAUUUACUCGAUAGUUAGAUAGUAGACGUCAUUAAAAAUGGGGAAUGGAAUGAAUAAGGUGCUUCCCGGGCUUUAUGUGGGUAAUUACAGAGACUCAAAGGAUCCAGUACAAUUAGAUAAAUAUAAAAUAACGCACAUUUUGUCUAUUCACGACGCUGCGAGAAGAAUACAUUCGGACAAGCAUUAUUUAUGUAUAAUGGCAUCAGAUUCACCGGAUCAGAAUCUAACCCAAUACUUCAGUUUGUGCAACGAUUUCAUUCACGCGGCGAGACUUCGAGACGGAAACGUUUUAAUUCAUUGCUUAGCGGGAAUGUCGCGGAGCGUGACCGUGGCGGUAGCGUACAUAAUGUCAGUGACACCUCUCUCCUGGCGUGAAGCCCUCAAGGUGGUGCGAGCUGGCCGCGCUGUGGCGAACCCUAAUCUUGGCUUUCUUAGACAGCUACAGGACUUUGAGACUUAUAAACUUGUUGAAGAGAGAAGACGUUUAAAAGAACGAUACCCGUCCCUAGCGCUUGCUGACAGUGACAUAGCGGAGUGUCGUGUCAUGCUCGAUUCGUAUCAAACCAUGCUGAGCCAGCGGACGAUCUGCGAGGGCAAGUGCGCCAUGGGCAGACAGUGCCCGACAGGUGUAUGUAGGACCGGCUCCAAGAGGCAGCCCCGCCCCCGCAGACCGUCCACUGCGUCUGGCGCGGGAGACUCCUCGGGUUUAAAGCGUUCGCCCUCAACACUUUCCACAGCUUCCACUGCUUCUGGCUACCGGCCGCGGUCUUCUCCCGCUGGCCUUUAUAGCUACACUGGCGUGCCCUCCCGGCCGAGCCGCUCGGUGUCGGGUCUGAGCAUGACGCGCGUGACGGACCCGGUGGGCGGCGGCACGGCGGUGGCGGUGGGCGGGUCGGCGUACUCGCGCCGCGCCGCGUCCGCGCCCGCCACGCCCGCGCUGUCGCCCGCCGCCUCGCCGCCCGGCUCGCCGCACCGCGCGCCGCACAGGGGUGGAUGUUCUUGGACGAUACCGACCGUGCAAUGGGAUCCAAAAUCUUUGUAGCGAUCAUCACUUCAUAUCGUCACUCCUUCAUCCAUCCCGAGCAUUACAGAGGUGUUCGUAGCACCGCUCCGCACGCACGACUCAUCCGGCCAUUACUUAGCUUGUACUUUCUUGUCAUAAUUAUCUUUAUGCCAUUCUUGGAAAGCGAUGAUAGGCCGUUUUCUGAAUUGAGAAUUGAUUUGAUUAAGGUUAAAGCUUAUGCCUCAUAUAAAAAAAUAUUUUAGCAGCGUUUAAACAUGAUUUGACCAACUUUGAUACGCUCUUUACGUCAAAUAGAUACUCAAUUCAAAACCGGCCGGUGUUUUCCUAGUUUGUAAAUAAAUUGUAAAGCGAUGAAUAUUACUUGAUGAAUAGUAAUCUUCUCAAUUGAUGCACAAUUCUUAUUCGUAGGUAUGUAUGAAGAAGAAUUGAUCGAUGGCUGACUAGGUUAUUUAAAAAUGAAUGGAGCAACAUGGACAAUGUUUAAAAUGUAUGGUAUCCAAAAGAUACAUUGUUAUAUUCACUUCUAAAAAAGUGAAAUUCGUAACUUUAUGCAACAUAAAAACAUAUUGACUAUUUGAAAGAUGAAAUCUCACGUCUUCUAUAAAACCUAGUAGGCAUUGAAUUCGGGUGGUUCUAUUUUUCACAAACAUGAACUAUUUUCAGCGUAAGAGAUCCCGCGUU